UCCUCCAGCCCCAUCUCCGUUCUGCUCCACAUACGCUGCCAUGAUGCGGAACUUCGUAUUCUGAAACAUGCGAAAGAGGCUUUGGUCUGGUUUUUGGAGCAUCUUAAUCUUACGGAAGUUCUAAAUGAACGGACAGAAGACACUCCAUGGACGUGGCUUGGGUCGAUGUUCUACGCUGGACAGCUUUACACUACCAUCGGUUACGGUUUCCCUGCCACAAGUACAGCUGCAGGUCGAGUCGCUUCGAUUUUCUACAUCCUAUUCGGCAUCCCAAUAUUUCUUAUCAUCUUGAAGGACAUAGGUCGCUUGAUGUCACGGGGUUGUCGCAAACUUUACAAGCGACUACGGUCAUCACGACGGAAAAUUGCGGACACAAAAUCGUUGCAAACCGUUUCGCAUUUCUUCUCGAAUAAAAUGAACGCUCGUCUUCACGCAGAGAAUGCCUUCCCAAUUCCGAUCGCCUUAUCAAUGCUGUUCCUAUGGAUCCUAUUCUCAGCCUCCUUAUUCUGUUAUUGGGAACGUGAAUGGGGGUACCUGACCUCCAUUUACUUCUUCUUCGUCUCUAUAAGCACUGUCGGCUUGGGUGACAUCGUUUUUAUGAAUCCAGAUAUGAUGAUUUUCAACUUUCUACUGAUCCUAAUCGGCUUAGCCUUGUUAUCUAUGUGCUUCAAUCUUAUUCAGGUACAGAGCUUUUCAGUGUUUUUAUUCAGUUUCUUCUGCUACACUCCUACUUAA